UAUGCGAGGGCAAGUGCCCCCGUUCCAUCUGUGCCGUGUGAUAUCCGUACAGCGCCCCUCCUGCGGAAUACUCCGUGAUUCAGAGAUUGCUCCUUGUAAUCGCGAAUCCGGGUCUCCCGAUCAUUUCGACCGCUUAUCAACAUCAAGUAACUAAUUCCGUUCAUAAAACACAGCUUCCUCCGCUACCAGAGAACACAACUUUGUCUUUUAUCUAUACCUGAACUGGAAAACGUCCCGUCCAGAUCGUAUUGCUGCACCAGUUAGGGUUAGUACAAGCAGUUUUUCUACAUUUCUUCAUCGUCGUCAUAUUGUUACUGAAUGGAUCGGAAGAUCAUUGAGCUAGACCAAGGAUGGGACUAUAUGCAGAAGGGAAUCACGAAGCUGAAGAACAUCCUGGAAGGGUUACCAGAAAAACCUUUCAGUUCAGAGGAGUACAUUAUGUUAUACACCACAAUCUAUAACAUGUGUACUCAAAAGCCACCAUAUGACUACUCUCAACAGCUCUAUGAUAAAUACAAGGAGGCUUUUGAUGAAUACAUCAAAUCUACUGUGUUGCCACCUUUAAGAGAGAAGCAUGAUGAAUUUAUGCUGAGGGAGCUAGUCAAAAGAUGGGCUAACCACAAAGUUAUGGUUAGGUGGCUUUCACGCUUCUUCCAUUAUCUUGAUCGGUAUUUCAUUGCUCGUCGCUCGCUGCCUGCACUAAGUGCAGUUGGACUUGCUUGUUUCCGUGAUUUGGUCUACAUGGAAGUACGGGCUAAUGCUGGAGAUGCUGUAAUAUCUAUUAUUGACAAAGAACGCGAGGGAGAACAGAUUGAGCGAUCAUUGUUGAAAAAUGUUCUGGAUAUAUUUGUUGAGAUUGGCAUGGGUCAAAUGGACCAAUACGAGCAAGAUUUUGAAAUCCAGAUGCUUGAUGAUACUGCUACUUACUACAAAAGUAAGGCAACAAACUGGAUUGAGGCUGACUCAUGUCCAGAUUAUAUGCUGAAGGCUGAGGAAUGCUUGAAAAGGGAAAGGGAUAGAGUAGCGCAUUACUUACACUCUAGCACAGAGCAGAAAUUAGUGGAGAAAGUGCAACAUGAGUUGCUUGUGACCCAUGCAAAUCACUUGCUUGAGAAGGAGCACUCUGGGUGUCGUGCAUUGCUUAGAGAUGAUAAGGUGGAAGAUCUCUCUAGAAUGUAUAGACUUUAUCAUAAAAUACCUAAAGGUUUGGAUCCUGUUGCUAAUAUAUUCAAGCAGCAUAUUACAGCUGAGGGAACAAUGUUGGUCCAACAGGCUGAAGAAGCUUCUAACAGUCAGACAGCAAAUGGCUCCGGCAUUCAAGAACAAGUCCUUGUCAGAAAAUUCAUUGAGCUUCAUGACAAGUAUAUGGCAUAUGUUAAUGAUUGCUUUGUGAAUCACACACUUUUUCACAAGGCUUUGAAAGAAGCUUUUGAAAUAUUCUGCAAUAAAAAUGUUGCUGGCAGUUCAAGCGCAGAACUUCUGGCUACAUUCUGUGACAAUGUUCUUAAGAAGGGUGGAAGUGAGAAGCUGAGUGAUGAGGCCAUAGAAGAAACCCUAGAGAAGGUAGUCAAGCUUCUUGCAUAUAUCAGUGAUAAGGAUCUGUUUGCUGAGUUUUACAGGAAAAAGCUUGCUCGAAGGCUACUUUUUGACCGGAGUGCCAAUGAGGACCAUGAAAGGAGUAUUUUGACCAAAUUGAAGCAGCAAUGUGGUGGACAGUUCACUUCAAAGAUGGAAGGGAUGGUUACAGACUUGACAUUAGCUAGGGAUAAUCAAACCAACUUUGAAGAAUAUCUUCAUAGUCACCCAGAUGUAAAUCCUGGGAUUGACAUAACAGUUACUGUUCUUACCACUGGAUUUUGGCCUAGUUACAAGUCUUUUGAUCUCAAUCUUCCUUUAGAAAUGGUCAGAUGCGUGGAAGUUUUCAAGGGGUUUUAUGAAACGAAAACAAAGCACAGGAAACUUACAUGGAUUUACUCUUUGGGGACUUGCAACAUUAAUGGUAAAUUCGAACAUAAAACCAUUGAAUUGAUCGUGUCAACUUAUCAGGCCGCCGCCCUUCUUUUAUUUAAUAGUGCAGAUAGAUUGAGUUAUUCAGAGAUUAUGACUCAGCUGAACUUAACCCAUGAAGACCUGGUUCGGUUACUCCAUUCCUUGUCAUGUGCAAAAUAUAAGAUACUUGCUAAGGAGCCGAGUACGAAAACCAUCUCUCCAAAUGAUAGCUUUGAGUUCAACUCCAAAUUUACUGACCGAAUGAGGAGAAUCAAGAUUCCUCUUCCGCCUGUUGAUGAAAGGAAAAAAGUAGUAGAAGACGUUGACAAAGAUAGGCGAUAUGCUAUUGAUGCUGCAAUCGUGCGCAUUAUGAAGAGCAGGAAAAUUUUGGGUCAUCAGCAAUUAGUUUUGGAAUGUGUUGAACAGCUGAGCCGCAUGUUCAAGCCUGAUGUCAAAGCAAUCAAGAAACGGAUUGAAGAUCUCAUCACCCGAGACUAUCUGGAAAGAGAUAAAGAUAAUUCAAACACUUAUAGGUAUUUAGCUUGAGAAAGACCAUUGAUAUAUAAAAUGUUCUAUAUUAUCGUGUUGAGGCCCGCCCGCAAGCGAAGUGGGAUGGGCGGAAAUGGAAUACAAAGUAUAGCAAAAUCUUAAUGGCUGCAAAGUGGUGUAAAUGCUGUUUAUUGGGGGGCGCUUAUUCAGCACUGGAGAGAUUUGACGGAAGGAGCGAUAAUUUUUAAUCACCAAAUAAACCAUACUGUGAACUAACCUUAGUCGUCUAUACAUUAAUGAUACAUAUUCUCAUAAUUUUUCCC